UCGGCAUAGCAAUGAGGUUCCACCUCCAACAGAAUCGAAUGAAACUUCAAAAAAAUCAGAGAUAGUUUCUUCUAAACUUUCAAUUGAACCUACAAUUGAUAAAAAUGGAGUUGAGGUAUAUAAUAGUGGCCCAACUUAUACUCCAAUACAAUCAAAACCUGCAGAACCUCCUCAGAAGGUUAAACCUUCACCACAAGAAAAGCCAGAAGAGGAGGACGACCUUAGUAUUCCAGUUGCACCAGGUACAGUUUGUAAAAGAGCUAGUUGUAAUACUGCUUAUGUGGAUGAUACAACUAGUCGUAAUGAAGGACCUCAAUCAGAGUGCGUUUAUCAUCCUGGUACACCAAUCUUUCACGAAGGCAGCAAAGGUUGGAGUUGUUGUUCGCGCAAGGUAUUAGAAUUUGAGGAAUUCUUAAAGAUUAAAGGCUGUAAAAAGGGAAAACAUUUAUUUGUUGGAUCUAGUAAAAAUGAGAAAAUGGAAGAAAUCAUAGAGUGUAGACAUGAUUGGUAUCAAACCCCAUCAUAUGUCAUUAUGUCUGUAUUUUGUAAAAAAAUCGAUAAAGAACAUUCUACUAUCAAUUUUAAAGAAAAAGAGAUGAGUAUCGACUUAAGGACGGCCGAUAGUAAAAGAUUUAAAGAAGUUUUUCCACUUUAUCAAUACAUUGAGCCUGAAAAUUCUAAGUAUGAGUUCCUUUCGACUAAGGUCGAAAUUAAACUGAAGAAAGCGAAUGGAAUUUCUUGGCCAUCUUUAAGAGCCGAUGAAAACUUUGGCACCGCUACGACAUUUGGUGUUCAAGGAGGGAAUGCUACAGUCGGUGGAAAAGAAUAUAUUCUUGCAAACGACUCUCCAUUAUACGCAAAUCAACAAAUAGA